CUUGCUUAAAAUUCAAGCAGAAUGACGUCAAGCCUGCCACAUAUAGCUAUCCAAUUCCUCCCACAUCAGAAAUCAUUCCCACAGUGCCUCAUUACAUUAGUCUGCUACACACCCUGCUAAUUUCAAACAUCAGUAGCUAAUCCGCUCCAUUUAGAAAAAUAUUGGGUUUAUGUUUUGUUUAAAUAUGUAAAUGCUGUCCCUUCUUGUGUUUUUCUUUCUUUUUUUCUUAUAAAUGUAUUAUUUGAUUUAUUUUUUAAAUUAAGCACAGUAAAAGCAAGCAGCCAGACCCUUCAUGUUCAGAGGGCUGGGUGAAUAAUUUAGGAUCUCUCUAUCGUCACAUAUUAAUUAGAUUAGGUGUACAAGGGCCCCCUGGAGAACAGUGGGAACCACUGCUAUGAUUGGCUAAUUUUUUUUUUUUUGGACCCAUGACGUGUACAUUUAAAGGCACAUAAGGCUAAUAUUAGGCUACAUAUUAGAGGAAGUUUAAAGAUGAAAAGUAAAUUCAUGAUUUGUUGAGAGGACAUAAGGUUAUAUCCUUUAAACAUUAUAUUAAACAUUGUAGCUUUUUGUACUUUAAUUAUGUUGCUUUAUCUGGUUUUGCAUUCAGGAGAUGUUACUUGUGAACCAAAGUUUUGACACUACAGUAUGACUUUCUAUUACAAUAUAUGACAGACGCACGAUGCAUUACGUAAAAAAUCUCAGAUGCAUUGGCAAAGCUAAUAAAUGUGAAUGAAUGAGGUAGAUUUGUGUAUUAAAGUGAGCCGUUGUCAGGGAGAUCCUGAUGAUGACAGUAGGUAUUAAAACCAGAGGGCAGAAAAAAGUCAGCAGAAUUUCCUCAUUGCUGGGUGAGUAAGAGAACACUCCAAAAGAUGGCUGUAUUUUAUCCUCUGAUUGGCUCCCUGUGCAUUGUCAGACAGGGGCAGCCAGUGCGGAGUGCUCUGAUUGGCUGAGGCACAGCUGCAGUGAGGUUGCAGCUUUUUUCACUGCAUCACUUUUUGCCGGCUAUAGAUGCAGCCAACCUGCAGCAGCUUGUAGGUGCCAAGAAAUACUAGCACUUAAAACAUGGAAUCGCUAGAAAUAGAUGCAUUGUAAGGAUUUCAGCUUCUUCCAGUUAAGUUGUCUUUUUUUUUCUUUCUUUUUUUCGUGUUUUAACUACUGUGCAGUGUGUCAUGGUUGUGGAGUGAUGUCACUUGAAGAGUAAAUUACUUUUUGCAUGAUUUUGCACUCAGCAAAGAACAUGUUUUUGGAAAGUGUCUUGGAGAAUUUGUUUUGGAAAGAUGCUGUAAGUCUGCAAUGAUUCUGAGAAGAUUAUGAGAGCGGGUUAAUUGGAACUGGUCAUUCGCUGCAUUUCAGAGUUUUGACUUGGUCACCGGGCUACUGUGGAAACACUGUUGGAUAUGCCAGAAAGCUUUGGAAAUUGUGUGGCAGUGUCCUCCUCUGCCCUCAUCCUCCUGGCCUCACACAUGACUGCCUGAGCAGUUUCUCUCUAUAUGCACAUAAAAAAUCUGUAGAUUCAAAUUGAUAGUUCUUGAGAAGACCAAGACAAAAACUCACCACAGCUGGAUGUUGUGGUUUGAUCAAGUACACUAACUUGGAGUCAAGUACACAAACAGACUUGGAGCAUCUUCACAAAAGAUGUUCAAGGAACUUUGGGCAACCCUUUUCCAGGGGUUUCUAGGAGUAACAGCGUGCGAAAAUGAUACCGCAGGGCCACCCGAUGCACUUAAGGAACAAAACUUAGAAAAUGCUGCAAAAAAGGAAGGCCAGAGGGAUCAAGGUACACAGGCAGAUUCAGUCGGACAAGAAAAGAGUGCAGUAUCCCCAAAGAAAACUACAGUGCUGAUUAUGGUGGCGCCUCCUAAGGAUCUUCAGCAGAAAAUCGUCAAGGCUGGAGACAAAGACUUGGAUGGUCAGUUGGACUUUGAGGAGUUUGUGCACUACCUGAGGGACCAUGAGAAGAAACUGAGGCUGGUCUUCAAGAGUCUUGACAAAAAGAAUGAUGGUCACAUAGAUUCACAGGAGAUCAUGCAGUCACUAAGAGACCUUGGGGUUCAUAUAUCUGAGGAACAAGCUGAAAAGAUCCUCAAGAGAAUAAGGAGGGGUCAAAUAUGUGCCCCUACUAUAAUGUAUAUGGAUAAAAACGGUACAAUGACGAUUGACUGGAAUGAAUGGAGAGAUUACCACCUGCUUCAUCCUGCUGACAACAUUCCUGAAAUCAUCCUCCACUGGAAACACUCUACGAUAUUUGAUGUAGGGGAAAGUUUGAUGGUCCCUGAUGAGUUUACAGCAGAGGAAAAGAAAACAGGGAUGUGGUGGCGACACCUGGUAGCAGGAGGAGGAGCAGGUGCUGUGUCCCGAACCUGCACUGCACCCCUGGACCGCCUUAAGGUUCUCAUGCAGGUUCAUGCAUCACACACCAACACCGUGGGUUUCACCGGAGGAUUCGCACAAAUGAUCCGUGAGGGUGGAGUUCGGUCGCUGUGGCGCGGGAACGGUAUCAACGUUUUGAAGAUUGCACCUGAGACUGCUAUCAAGUUCAUGGCGUAUGAGCAGAUUAAGCGGCUGAUUGGCAGUAAUCAGGAGACGUUGGGGAUCCUGGAGAGGCUGGUGGCUGGGUCUCUAGCAGGAGCUAUUGCUCAGAGCAGCAUCUACCCCAUGGAGGUUAUAAAAACUCGUCUUGCCCUGGGAAGGACGGGUCAGUACUCUGGUAUCAUGGACUGUGCUAAACAUAUAUUAAAAAAGGAGGGACUGAAAGCCUUCUAUAAAGGUUAUAUUCCCAACAUGUUGGGAAUCAUCCCUUAUGCAGGAAUAGACCUGGCUGUUUAUGAGACAUUAAAAAACGCGUGGCUUCAGAGGUUUGCUACAGACAGUGCUGAUCCGGGUGUGUUUGUGCUGCUAGCCUGUGGUACAAUGUCUAGUACUUGUGGACAGUUAGCAAGCUACCCAUUAGCAUUAGUGAGGACACGAAUGCAGGCUCAAGCUUCUCAGGAAGGCAGCCCUCAGAUGACCAUGACUGGUCUCUUCAGACACAUUGUGAGGACAGAGGGCGCUAUUGGACUCUAUAGAGGCUUGGCACCUAACUUUAUGAAGGUCAUUCCUGCUGUUAGCAUCAGCUACGUGGUGUAUGAGAACCUAAAGAUCACCCUUGGCGUUCAGUCCCGGUGAGGGGAACCCGAAGACUGUUAAAAUCCUAAAAGGCUUUUGUUUUUCCUCUCAACUUUUCUUUUGAACUACUGAAUGAGAUCGUCCGAGAGAGCCAGUUUGCACUCGAGGAGAACUGGAGCAACAGUUGGCCAAGAAAGAGCUUGCAUGAGGGGAAGAGGAAAUCUUUGGGUCAAAGAGGUUUGACUUUAAACAGUGAAUGGAUGAGUAACUGGAAUAUAUGAGACCAGGGACAUGCAUAGAAAACUUUCAGAUCAAUACCUCAACAUACAAUCCUAGCUGUAACUAAAAUGUGAGCAUCUCCAAAUGGCAUCUGUAUUGGAUCCAGACACCCGCUUAUUCCACUCCUGAGGUCACGGCGCUGUGUUUGCUAUAUUAUAGUAGGGACCAAGAAUAUGAAAGGCAUUUUGAUAAACUCCUUUAUGGAAAGGACACAGCAUCCAUUAAUUAUCAUUUUAAGUGCACAACUGGAAUUUAAUGCGCAAAAGGCUUUGGUAGAUACCAUGCUAAAAAUCCUGGUGUGGUCCCUUCAGAUGACUGAAUCAUCGUUCCACUGGAUGGCAGUGUUCAGUAUUAUAUAGAGCUGACAGGGCCAGACUCCCACAUACUUGCAUUUCACUCACAUAAUUUCCUACUUUCUUACUAAUUUACUUUACUCCCUUGUGUUAUUCUAUUAAUUGAAAUGCAAGUUUUCACAUCUUGAAAAGUAUAGUGUAACAAGGGAAAUACUGAAAAUAUGUCUUACUCAUCAAAUGGUCCCAGUAAUAUUGUUGAGGACUUUUCAUUGUUAAAUUUAGUUUUUUUUUUUUUUUUUUUAAUGUUGUUUAUUUAUUUAUUUUGAUUGAAGGUUACUAUUAAAAUUUGAGCACACUAUAUAUGUGCACACACUCCCCAUGGUGACUGGCAGCUUAUCCAGCGUUAUUUAAAAAUUUGAGAAGAAAUCCACACUUGGAUCAAGUGUAAAAUGACCUGGGUUUGAGAAUUCAGCACCAGCUGAAAUGAAGUGGGUAGAGGUCUAUGUCUAGACAGACACUGUCCGUCCGCUCUUAAGUUGAAGAAGGCAAUGCUACAAAUUGAUUUGUUUUUACAUUCAAACUAUUCUUGUUCAUUCAUUCAUAAAUGAUCUGCAUGACUGCAGUGUUAAUACAGUUUCUUACCAGUAUUAGUUUGCAAGGAUUUCAUACAUGACUAUAACACUCUGAUUUAAACACUCUCUAGUCAAGGAACAUAUUUAAGCACUUUAUUUUAAUAAAAUUAAACCAGACUUGAAUUUUUAGGAGGGUUUCCAAUGGAAUGAUAGUAUUCAGUAAUUGUAGUGGUUGUGAUUUAAGUAAAUGUUAUUUUCAGCAUUUAUGUUUAAUAUUUGUAUCAGGUUGGGGACAGUUUUAUGUAAAGGCAACACUAAAUGUACAGUAUAGGUUAGGAUCUCUUUUGAAAAAAAAAAAUGUAGUUGACUCUACUCUGCAGCAGUAGGCAAGUUUCUUGUUUAUUUGCAUAUGAAAUAUUUCAGGGUUAGCACCCUGAUGUGCAUUUUGACUGACAAGGAAAAAAUAAGUUGCACUUACAUCUAUUGCAUGUGAAGUCCUAAAACCCACCAGUUCAAUGGCUUAUUGCCCUUUGUGAUUCUUCAAGGCCAUAGUGUUAAUAUAGUUGCCUUAUUUAUAAAUAAAAUAACGCUGCUUUUAGACUACUUGGGGGAAACAUAGGGAGAUGGCAUUAAUGUCAGACUGAAAUAUUUUUCUAAUGGUUUGAUUCUCAGGUCUCAGAUACUCCUAUGCAGAUGAGACUCCUGAGACUCUUCUCCAUUGAGAUCUGGAACAGAUAUGUUUAUGAGUUGUAUGGAGAGUUUGUGAAGGCCUAGGAUCAGUUUGCCUUUCUCAAGCCUCUUAAUCGUAAAAAAAAAAAAAAAUGACUUGGAUCAGUGAAAAACAGCAAACACCCUUCUGUGUCCCAAUGGCGGUUGAAUGGAACUCAGCUGUGGCCCGAUUCCCUUUGAAUCAAUUCAGUCUUUGUAAUGCAUGUAUGUGUGUCUCGUCGGAAAAUGCACAAAUUGCACUGUAGAGACUUUACAGGGCUUUAAAAGCUGUAUUGCCUGCCUCAUAAUGGAUGCAGCUUGUGUUUUGUUUGUUUUGCAUUUUGCACCUUUUUUCACUGUUUCUCACAGGAGAAAUCUUUGGACUCCUCUGGACUUGUGAGCUCGACCCAUUUGUGUGGUUGUCGUGAGACUAAAGGCUUUAGAUUUGUAUGUGUUUGUGGCAUUCAGCACAAUCAAGGAAUGCCGCCCUUUGAGACUGCCUGCAAUCUAUUGCCUUACUGUUCAGCUGGAAGUUAGUGAGUGUAAAUGCACCACGUUCGCUACAUGUAUAUCAAUAUGUACUGUUGCUGGGGUCCCCCGAGUAUCAUAAACAUACACGCUAAUAAAAUAUCCAAAUAUUUGUACUGCAAAAAAUAUCUAGAUGUGAUGACACAUCUGUGAAGGUUUAGUUGAUGCAGAGAUGUGCAAAUCAAUGCAAAUCCAUGUUUACUGGACAAAAAAGGAAAUAAAAACUGUCUUCUAAAAUGCAGAAACUGAAUGUAGAGCGAAAAUAUUUAUGUUUGUAAAAUAACUGGUAAAUAAAGUUAUUCUUGAUUUUGUUCAUG